CCUCGACUCUUUUGCGGAGUCGCCUCAGUCGCACCGCAAACCACCAUGUUGACUGAGGUGCUUCUGGGGAUACUGCUUCUUGUUCUUCUCUUCGCCUACGCCAACAGAAGGCCUGCAAAUCUCCCGCCAGGACUAUGGGGUUUGCCAAUAAUAGGGAAACUUCCUUCGACUGAAGUUUCUCUUUGCGAUCAGUUAAACGAACUGAAGAAGAAGUUUGGGAACAUCGUAUCCUGGCGGAUGGGCAGUCGCAUCUUCAUCUUCUUCUGCGACUACAAGACCAUCAAGGCCGCCUUCGCCAAGCUGGAGUUCACAGACAGGCCGGAUUUUUACAGUUUCGAUAUCUUCAAUGAAUUCACGAAGACCGGCGUCAUCAACACCAGCGGCCUGCUCUGGCAAAACAACCGUCGGUUCGCCCUCCGCCACCUGCGGGACCUGGGCAUGGGCAAGACCCGCCUGGAGGAGGCCAUCCAGCACGAAGCCGUGUGUCUGGUCGAGGACUUCAAGAGGCACGCAGGCCAGCCGGCUCCGCUGCCUUGGUCCAUCAACGUGGCGGUCCUCAACGUCAUCUGGCAGAUGGUUGCGAGUCGACGAUAUGAUGUGAACGACAUCGAGAUGCAAGAAUUCAACAAACUCGUCAACUCAUCCUUGGAGGACUCUCAGGGUAGCGUGAUCUGGUUCGACCUCAUGCCUUGGUUGAUACCCAUCGUGCCCCAUUUCGUCAAGAAGUGGAUGGGCGUGGCACAGAUGGUAGACAAAGCAGAUGUGUUCUUGGAAAAGAUGAUGGAACAUGUGAAGGAGCACCAGGAGACACUCGACCCCGAGAAUCCUCGAGACUUAAUCGAUGCUUACCUGCUCGAGAUGAAAGCCAAGGAGGCCGACCCUAACUCUACCAUGAGCUGUACUGAUCUGAAAAACCUCCUCGGAGAUCUGUUUGUGGCCGGCAGCGAAACCACCUCCUCGACCAUCCGCUGGGCCAUCUACUACCUGGCCAAGUACCCUGAGAUCCAGGCCAAAGUGCAAAGGGAGAUCGACUCCGUGGUUCCAAGGGACAUCCUUCCCUCCAUCCAGCAGAAAAAUAGCAUGCCUUAUCUGGAAGCUGUGACACUCGAGGUCCACCGACUAGUGUCUCUCGUGCGCCUCGGUCUCUUCCACUUCAGCGCCAAAGACACGGAGUUCGAAGGCUACAUGAUACCUAAGGGUGCCGUUCUAACAGCCCAUCAGGAAGGCUGCCACAUGGACCCCGCCUUCUGGGAGAAACCUCACGAAUUUUACCCCGAGCACUUCCUCGACGACCAAGGGAAGAUUCUCACCAAGAAGGAGGGCUUCCUGCCGUUCUCUCUAGGUCGCCGCCAGUGCCUCGGGGAGUCGCUGGCCCGCAUGGAGCUCUUCGUCUUCCUCUCCGCCCUCCUGCAGAACUUCUCCUUCUCAGCUCCCGAGGGCAAGGAGCUGUGCGUCGAGAAGGACCCCCGCCUGCACCUGGUCAACAUGCCGAAGCCCAUCGAUGUUGUUAUUACGAAAAGAAAAUAGGAAUUUCUUUUUGAGUCGAGUUUUGUGUUUUGGAUUUCUUUUGCGUUUUUUUUCUUUUUCUUUUUUUUCUCCUUUAAAUUUGAUUGUAAAACGCUCUUCUCCUCUAAAUUUCAGAUAGGUUUUAACCGUUGUGACAUUAAUAUUUUCCAUUUUGAUAUUGGGAUUGUAAUCUUGAUCUAAGGCAAAUAAAUACGAUGUGUAUAUGUACAUACACACACAAAUGGGUUCGUGUGUGUGUCUUUUUGUGCUCUCUGUUUGUGAUUUGUGUAUUUGAUUUUUUUAAAACUUUUUUCCACAACUGACGUAAAAAAAAUAUAUAAUUACACACAUAUGAUAAUGAUGACUAUAAUAUGUGUAAUAUAUCAAUUCAUGCUGUAAUAAGUUUUGCUGAUUUUGUUUAUACUUACAAGAGCUAAUAGGGAUCAAUAUUACACAACUCUUGGGGACAUUCAGUCACUCACCUGUUUUUCAUCGUAACUGACAAUAUUGGUGCUGGUAUAUGAUCACUAUGUUGUUGUUCUAUGAUCAAUAAAUAAUUGAAUAUGA